AAUUCAAAGUACUAACCCUCCCUAGUCUCCACAGUUUCAAACCUAAGCAGCAGCAGCAGCAGCAGCAGCAGCGCUUCAUUCACCACCGCGAACCGCCGUCUCCCGCCUCCUCCACCGCCUCAGCGUCCGCCACUUUCCGUGAUCUCCUUCUUCCUUUCUUCGUCUCCGCUCGAGAAGCUCUCCAGCACUUGGACCUAAAGCCUCCAUCAACCACUUGCUCAGCUUCCGAGUUUCUCUGUGAAGUUCUACAAAAAUUGGGGUUAAAUCGCGUUGCUCAAAUUUCCUUCCAGCUACGCGGAGGAAUCGCAGAUCUGCUCCCGAUCCAUUUGUCGUGGACCGUGGUAAUUGACAAAUUUUGAACUCCGUUCGAAGAUGGAUAUUGGGGGAAACUCUCUGCCGUCGGGACCGGAUGGAGUGAAGCGGAAAGUGAGCUAUUUCUAUGACCCGGAGGUCGGUAAUUACUAUUAUGGGCAAGGGCACCCGAUGAAGCCGCACAGAAUUCGGAUGACUCAUGCUCUGCUCGCGCACUAUGGUUUGCUGCAACAUAUGCAUGUUCUCAAGCCAAAUCCUGCCAGGGAGAAAGACCUCUGCAGAUUUCACGCCGAUGAUUAUGUUACUUUUUUGAGGAGCAUCACCCCAGAAACACAGCAGGAGCAACUCAGGCAGCUGAAGAGAUUUAAUGUAGGAGAAGACUGUCCUGUGUUUGAUGGUCUAUAUUCGUUUUGUCAAACUUACGCCGGCGGUUCUGUCGGUGGGGCGGUUAAGCUAAAUCAUGGGCAUUGUGAUAUAGCGGUGAAUUGGGCUGGUGGCUUACAUCACGCCAAGAAAUGCGAGGCUUCUGGUUUUUGCUAUGUGAAUGAUAUAGUAUUGGCCAUCUUGGAGCUUCUGAAAGUACAUGAGCGUGUUUUGUAUGUAGACAUUGACAUACAUCACGGCGAUGGUGUUGAGGAAGCAUUUUACACAACAGACAGGGUCAUGACUGUUUCGUUUCAUAAAUUUGGGGAUUAUUUUCCUGGUACAGGUGAUGUGCGUGACAUUGGAUAUGGAAAAGGGAAAUAUUACUCUCUUAAUGUUCCCUUGGAUGAUGGAAUUGAUGAUGAAAGCUACCAAUCCCUGUUUAAGCCAAUAAUGGGGAAAGUGAUGGAAGUUUUCAGACCUGGUGCUGUUGUAUUGCAAUGUGGUGCGGACUCUCUUUCUGGAGAUCGAUUGGGCUGCUUUAAUCUAUCAAUUAAAGGUCAUGCAGAAUGUGUUAAAUUUAUGAGAUCUUUCAAUGUGCCACUAUUGUUGUUGGGAGGUGGUGGUUAUACAAUACGUAAUGUUGCUCGUUGCUGGUGCUAUGAGACUGGCGUAGCACUUGGGAUUGAACUUGAUGACAAGAUGCCGCAGCAUGAAUACUAUGAAUACUUUGGCCCAGAUUAUACACUACAUGUGGCUCCGAGUAACAUGGAAAAUAAAAAUUCCCGUCAUCUAUUAGAAGAAAUCAGAUCAAAGCUUCUUGAGAAUCUUUCCAAGCUUCAACAUGCACCAAGCGUCCAGUUCCAGGAGCGUCCACCUGAUACAGAAGUCCCUGAGAUGGAAGAUCGUGAUGGUGCGGAUGAAAGAUAUAAUCCUGACUCUGACAUGGAUAUUGAUGGAAGAAAGCCUUUGCCUGGAAGAGUGAAGACUGAGAUUGUUGAACCUGAAGCUAAAAAUACAGAUGAUAUCAAGGAAGAUGAACGAAAUAUGGACGUGGACUUGAAGUGCUCUGAAAACGUUCCCUGAUGCUUCUUUGCGAUCCAUAAGAAAAAUGAAUAGCGACGGGAACAUGAAUGGCCUCUGGAAUUGGAUGUUAAUUGGAAUCUUCAACAUGUGUAUACUUUUGGAGAUGCAUUCUGUUUAUCACUUGUUUCUUCUCAUUAUUAUAAUAUUUGACUACACACUCAUGCUCUCGCCAUAACAUCCGAACCAUUGCUCUAUAGUUACUCUGCAAGCAUUAAUCUUCUGGUAGAUAUAAACUUUAGGAGGAGCUUAAAAUGUCUCCCUCUCCCAAAUAUUGCUGCUAAUUGACUGUUGAAAAACUAGUUGGAGAAAUCACUUUUGGUGAAGCAUUUGUGAAGAUGUCUAUCUAUACAUUUCA